UUAAAGUCAUUUUAGCUGGAUACCUCAUGACGUGCGUUUAUGCUGAUGGAGUUGCAGAUGUGGUACUCACCUGCACUCUGGUGGAGGAGGGAGCUGGACUUGGUGGAAUGGGAGGCGGUCACUUCACUCGGACUCCAGCCACUCUUAUUUUACGAGAUGUUGCUGUGGGCCCCGACGAAUCACUCGAAGAACUCACUCCGUUUGUUCCUCCCUCCAUCCCUGAUCCAGACCUCCUCCUGUUUGAGGCCAAAGUAUCAUCUCCUGAGAUCCCCAAUGCAAACGUGCUGCUCCAUGCAGACUGCAAUGAGCAGGAAGUGAUGUGCGAAUUAAGUAGUUACUCCCCUCGGGGAUUCGAGGAAAACUCAGAUCGGGUCUUUUUCAUGGUGUCCCUCAGUGUGGAUGAGGUUGACUUCAGCACUGCGCUGAUUCUGGAGACCUUGAAGGUGGAGAAAGACGAGUCAACCCUGAUGCAAAGCAAGCUGGGUCUUCCUCUCAGCCAGUCAGGAACUCUGCUUACUGACUUGAUAUUUGUGGUGUUCACCCACAUAAAGUCUGUGUCUGCCCCUCUGAGAAGUGAUGUUCUCCUCAACUGUGGCUUCAAGCAGCAAGACACACCAUUAGCACAGGAAGUGGGCAUUGAGUGGCGUCUGCAGCACAGAGGUAAAGGCAGGAAGGUGCUUGAAAUGAAGAGGGCGCUGGAUGAUACAGAAGGCAGCACGAUAGUGGAUGGUGAGAGGGCCGGCUCAAGCAUAAAUGCUGCCCAGGUUGUUGGUGAGGGUAACGCCUCUUUGACUCUGACCACAGUGGAGGUUGGAGAUGAGGGGACCUACAUCUGUACAGUCAGUCUUGGUCCUUUCCACUCUCAGCAGGUCAUUCAACUUCACAUUAUUCAACCUCCAGAUGUUUCCCUGUCAGUGGAGAAGUUGGUUUUAAAGUCAAGUUCGUCCCAGAAAUUAAGUUGUCACAGCAGUAAAUACUACCCACUGGAUUCUCAGAUUGAGUGGUUUUCCCUCUCUCCUACGGCCACAGAGCCACAGCUCUUUAUAGAUCAGGGCUCCCUGUCCAGUCAUCGGCAGCACAGUGAUGGAACGUUCACCCUGUCCUCUCACAUAGCUGUGCCUCCCACCACCAUCCCAGGAACCAAAAUCAUCUGCAAGGUCUCCCACACAGCUCUAGAAGAACCGCUCUUUGUCAGUGUGGUGGUGGAACCUCCUGAGCCUAAUUCCUAUUGGUGGAUACUGGGCUUCCUGAUCAUCACUGUACUUUUCUUCUAUCAGGUCAUGGGAUAAAUUUCACUUACAUCAUCAUGACUGGAGACUAGAAAGUUUCUUUGUGUCAUUUUAGUGUUUAAGUUAUUUUUUUAGGUAUUCCACUGGUUUGUUCAACUCUUCCAGCUUUCUAGAAACUGAAAAAAAAAGUAUAGAGUAAAAUUAGUCU